AUGCUUCUGCCAUAUAAGCCAAAGACAGCCGACAAGGUUCAGGAACUCCUUGAUGUAAUAGAUGAUCCUGUUAUUGAAGAGAAUCAAGCUCUGACUCCAAUUCCAAUUCCAAUUAUAUUGCAGAAGCAGAUUAUGUUAAUUAACAGAACAUCUUGUAUCGACUAUUAUCUAUCAAAUGAUAAUACAAACGAAGAUUUCAAUACAAACAAAGAUUUCAAUACAAACGAAGAUUCCAAUACAAACAAAGAUUUCAAUACAAACGAAGAUUCCAAUACAAACGAAGAUUCCAAUACUGGUACCUAUUCAACAGAAAUGAAACAACAAAUAUAA